CUUAAAACUAGAAUAAUGAAGGAAGCUAAGCAAAAUGGCUGUAUAAAGAUCGAUAAAAGUAGUGGUGUGUUUUUCGAGGAUUUUCUUGAAAUUUUCUCAUAAAUAAAUGCUCUGGAGCGUUUAUUCUAUAGUAAACGUAGUGGUUUUCUGUUCUAACAUAAUUUUGUGACUUUCCAUUACAUUGCUAGUGGUGCAAAUGGAGAAAUAAUUCAAUUUAUGGAAGCUGUUAGCAGAGAAAAAAAUGGAGCGAACCGGUACUUACCUUCUUAGGUGCAGUCUGUGAACAGUGGAAAAAAAUCGAACGAGCAACGUCAUACGAUGGCGACUACGCAAGGCGAAAUUAGGGUGGGUCCAGGAAACCAGGUAAAAGACAUUUAUGCCCGCCUGCCCGACUACCGGCCCGCCGUGUCGCCCGACCGGCUGCCCGCCGAUCCGGAGCAGACGCGCGUGCGCGAAGAGCUGCGCUGGCUGCCCUCGGUGACCUUGGACGCGGACCUGUUGAUGUACCUGCGGGCCGCCCGUUCCAUGGCCGCCUUCGCGGGCAUGUGCGACGGAGGGUGUCCCGAGGACGGGGCGAACGCGGCGUCCAGGGACGAUACGACGAUCAACGCGCUGGACGUGCUUCACGAUUCUGGAUACGAUCCUGGCAAAGCUCUCCAAGCCUUGGUCAAAUGUCCUGUUCCCAAAGGGAUAGACAAGAAGUGGAGCGAAGAAGAAACCAAAAGAUUUGUCAAAGGGCUGCGACAGUUCGGAAAAAACUUUUUCCGAAUCAGGAAGGAUCUUCUUCCUCAUAGAGAUACGCCCGAGCUGGUGGAGUUCUAUUACCUUUGGAAGAAAACUCCGGGAGCGAACAACAACCGCCCCCAUCGUAGGAGGCGGCAGGGCUCCCUUCGGAGAAUCCGGAAUACUCGCAAUAGUAGAGGAGGUAAUACUUCAUCUAAUACAGGACGCACAGUGGCGCCCGAGGCAGAAAACAAUCGUCCGUCGCCGCAACCGAGCAAGGAGCCCGGCGAAACCAGUUCUGUCACCGAAGAUGACAAUGACAGCGAGGAUGACAGCGACAGCAGAGAGGCCCAGUAUCGGUGCUCCCAUUGCUUCACCACAAAUUCCAGAGAUUGGCAACCAGGCGGAAAAGAUAAACAAUUGCUUUGUUAUGAGUGCAGAUCUCAUUACAAGAAGACCAACGAACUGCCACCUUUAACUGCUCCUGCUGCUCCUGGGAAAGAUCCGAAUGCAGAAAGCCCCGACGAAUCCCCACAACGCAUGCGCACCAGAAACAAAGCGAAAGAACAGACGACGAACCGAGCUCGCCCGAAACGAGGCGGUACGGAAACGCCCGAGCCCAAAACGCCGGUCAAACAGAACGGCAACCCCUCGGAGAAAACCACCCCGAACCAAACCGCCAAGAAGAAGAUCAAACCGGAUACGCCGAACAAGAACAGGAAGCGGCAGCAGCAGGAGAGCAAAUCCGAUGAGGUGGAUAGUGAGGAGAAGGAGUUGAAGAAGAAGAGAGAGAGACCGGAGAGUCCGAGCAGCGUCACUACGGACUCGGAAACUGUCAAUGAUGACGUGGAGAAUGCGGAGAACGACGGCGAUAGUGUCGACGCUAAUCCGGUCGCUUUGACUACUGUGAUGCCAUCUCUCACCACCACAACUACCACCACCAUAAACACUAACACCACCACCAACAACAAUAACAACAUCGUGCUACAAGAACCCCCUAUCAAACCGCCCACUAAAUCGGAACCGCCCAGUCCUCCCGAAACCCAACCCCUAAUCCGUCAACCCUCACCCCCACCCCACAUACCAGUCCUAAACCCCGCCAAAAUACAUUCGGAAACCACGCCCCUCAACGGCAAAAUACACUCGGAAGCCACGCCCCUCAACGUCAAACUACACCCGGAAGCCACGCCCCCCAACGUCAAACUACACUCGGAAGCCACGCCCUUGAACGUCUCGAUCCGCCUACCGGACGACCUCAACGAGAGGAAGAACCUCAUCAACCUCAAAGACGUCAAGAUCGGGCCUCCGGACACCUCGAAGUUCGAUCCGGACACCACGAAGUUCCAUCCGGACACCUCGAAGUUCCAUCCGGACACUUCGAAGUUCCAUCCGGACACUUCGAAAUUCCAUCCGGACAGUUCGAAGUUCCAUCCGGACACCUCGAAGUUCGAUCCGGAGGUGGGGAAGGGCGAUGCGGGGGGCAGCGGGUGUUUUCGGGGGGAAUUCGAGAAGGAGGGUGGGUUGGGGGAGGUAAAGGCGGAAGCCGAGGACCAGGUGCAACAGGUCCCAGAAAAAGCGUUCAAGACGGAGCUGAUCAUACCGAAGGUGCAUACGAUGGAGAAGCCCUUGAUCAAGGAAGAAACGGACAGUUCGAACGAGGCCAUCAAUUUGAAUUCGUUGAACAUCAACGUGAAUCCCAAGGAUGAUAGUAUUUAUAAGGAGAACGCUUAUAAGGAGAACCCUUACAAGGAGAUGGCUUAUAAGGAGAACGCUUACAAGGAUAAUCCGUUCAAGGAGCAUCCUUAUAAAGAGCAUCAUUAUAAGGAGCAUCCUUACAAGGAGAAUUCGUACAAGGAUAACCUGUUCAUGCCUCAGAACUUGAAUAUGAAGGAUCCGCUCAUAUUCGGCAUCAAGGAUCCGCAAUAUAAUCAUAUGCAGUCGAAACACGGGCUCAACCUGAAAGAGCCGCCCAUCGAGAAGCACAAAGAGCAAGUAGUUCAAAUGAACCACUCGAGCUUCGUGCCGGAAAUGAAGCCGGAACCGCCCUACGGUUACCAGCCACCGCCCGCGCCCACCAAGGACCCCAACGCCACCACGGCCGUCACCAUCGACAGCGUGAACAACACGGUGAUCAAGCUGGAGCCCAGGGAGGAGCCCAUGGAAUUGACCAGCCAGAGCAGGAUGGAGAAUCAGGGUUACGGGGUCAUGCCUCAGCCGCUGAAUAUACCUCAAGUGAUACCGAUGUCGCAGAAUUUGCCGCAGAGUAUGAGACAGGAAGGUCACUACGACGAAGAAAAAAGGAUCGAGAAACUCGAACGCCCUGAGCGCAUCGACAGACCGGACGGCUUCGACCGUACCGACCGCCCCCCGGAAAUGGCCACGCCCAUCGGCCCCGCCCCCAUGGGGCAACCACCUAUCGGUUCCGCCCCCAUAGGGCAACAACCCAUCGGGCAGGCGUCUAUUGGCCCCACCCCCAUAGGGCAGCCGCCGCCGCUGCCCAGCCUGAUGCAGUCGGGCAAUCUGGUGACGAUCGGCGGGUCGUCGCAGCCCGCGCAGAUAGGGCAUUACGGGUUCAUGCCGCCCUUCGGCCACCCGCAGAGCCCGCGCGACAAGGGACAGAACGAGCCGCAGAACUUGAAGAUCAAGCAGGAGAUGCCCGAGGCUGGGCCGCCCAGUCACCUGGGCGGGCUGAACAGUUACGCGCAGAACGUGCUGCCCCCAGGCCCGGGGCAGGGUCAACUGCCGCCCUCGAGCCUCUCCAUACCGCCCACCUCGCAAGGCCUGUCUGCGAACGCUGUCGGGUUCGCGCCUCCGCCAGCAGGGCAUCUGCAGCCGCCCAUGGGCGACCCACUGCAAAGCUUGAAGGACGUCAAGAUCCCCGGCUACCUGCCGCCCCCGCAACCACCAACCGCCCAACCGUCGGACAGAGACCGAAACGACCGCCCCUCCUCCGGUCCCGCCGUCGACCACAUCAAGAAGGAGCCGGAGUACCGGCCGUCCAGCACCGGACCCAGCCCGAAGCCGAUCAGAGAGGAGAAGUGCGUGACGCCGAAGGGCGGUUCCUCCUCGGGGGGCAGCCGGGGCACGCCCACCUCGGGCGGGCAGCAGCAACAGGUGUCGAGAACGCCGCCAUUGAGACAGCAAGGCACCAACUCGCCCCACUCGGCGCUGAACCUCAUCAGCCCCACGUCGGCCCCGCCCUCGCUGCCCCACCACCCUACCACCCACCCGCCCCACUACGGCGCGAUGCAUCCCCCCUCCUCCCCGCACCACCAUCCCCACCACCUCGUCCACCCCUCCUUCCUGCACAUGCAGUUCCCCGGCCACCAUCCCUACGCCGCCUACCCCUUCUCCUAUUCGCCCUACUCGUAUCCGGUGGUGGGGCAGCCGCACGCGAUACCGCCGCCGAGCAGCCGGCCGGAUAUGGGCGGCCCGCCGAAGUCGAUAGACACGGUGAGCGCCACCUUGAUGCAGUCGCAGCACAGCACGAGCAGCACGUUGACAGCGAAGCGAGACACGCGAGAACAGGACGAGACGGGGGCGGAGCGACAUCGCACGCACGAGAUGACGUUGACCAAUCACCAGAGCACGUCGCACAACAGCUCGGUCCAUGCCACCGUCGAGAAGCACAACUACGGCGCCAGUCACAGCAUCACGAUAUCGCAUAGUACGUCGACCAGCUCCAGCCAAAGCGUCCAGCACAAAGUCAACCAGAAAACGGUGCGCAGCGCGUCUCCGCACGUGGCACACGUUCCCUCUUCUUCUCAAAGCGCCACCGCCGCUCUCAACCACUCGAACCACAGUUCCUCUUCUUCUUCUUCGUCGACUAGCAAUCACCAGCACACACACCACCACACCCACCAUCAUGAUAGGAUGUCGCCCGGCAACCAGAUGAUGCGGCACGGAGGGAUGCUUCCGAAGCAGCCGACGCCACAGCAGCAACAACAGCAGCAGCAGCAGGCUAAUCCGCAUCAUCUGAUGAUACAGCCGCCUAAUAUGGGUCAUCAUCCUCCGCCCUUAGGCCCCCCGUCGAUGGGCAGCAGCUCGCUGGACGCCCUGCGAGCCCACGCCGCCCAAGCGGCUGCCAACAUGCAGCAGCAACAACAACAACAGGGCGGCAUCAUGCACCCGCCCUCGUCGCCCAUGAACCCGCCCACGCCCAAGGCGCAGGCCGACGACGCCAUCAAGGUGGAGCCGGAGGAGGCGGGGUCGGGGGGCGGCAGCGGCGGCGCGGAGGAGGAGGGGGGCCAGAGCAGCCCGGCAGCGCCGCCUCGAGGUCCGUCGCCCGAGCCGCGGAUCGAAGAUACGGAGUGUCAUCGGAGUCAGAGUGCUAUAUUUUUGCGUCAUUGGAACCGUGGCGACUACAAUUCCUGCACCAGGACAGAUCUGACCUUCAAACCGGUGCCGGACUCUAAGUUGGCGCGAAAACGAGAAGAAAGGUUGCGGAAGCAGGCGGAGAAGGAGCGAGAGGAGCGCGAGCGUGCCCAGCAGGCGCAGCAGCGGAAAAUCACGACGCCGGAGAAGACGGAGACGAAGCCGCCGUCGCGCGGCCCGAUGGAGAGCGUCGGCUCGCCGUACGAGCGUUUCCCGCGGCCCGGAUUCAACGAUACGCCGGCGCUGCGUCAGCUGUCGGAGUACGCGAGGCCGCACGCCGGUUUCAGUCCGGGGCAAAACGUUUUUUUAGGUCACAUGCCUAGAUCGUUGCUACCGCCCUCUCACGUGAUGGAUCCGAUGCUGCAGUACCAACUUAACAGCAUGUAUGGUCCCGGAGCAAGGGAAAGGUUGGAAUUGGAGCACCUGGAGAGGGAAAAACGGGAACGAGAAAUAAGAGAACUGCGAGAAAGAGAGUUGAACGAUAGAUUGAAGGAGGAGAUAAUGAAGAGCGGCAUGCGGGGACCUCCAAACCCGAUGGAUCCCCAUUGGUUGGAGUUGCAAAGGAGGUACGCCGCCGGACUGGCCGGACCUGGAGGUCCGUUGCCGCUGCACCACUUCGCCCUGUACCCGGGCGGCGGCGGAGGGGGCGGCGCCCAACUCUCGCAGAUGGAGCGCGAGCGGCUGGAGCGCCUCGGCAUCCCCCCGCCGCCGGGCGGUCCGGGUGGCGGUCCACCGGGCGGGCCGCCCAACCACCCGCAUCACCCCGCCCACCAGGCGCAGCUCGAGGCGGCCGAGAGGUUGGCUCUCGCCACCGAUCCGAUGGUGAGGUUGCAGAUGGCCGGCAUUUCCCCGGAGUACCACGCGCAUACUCAUGCGCACACUCACGCUCAUACCCACCUGCACCUGCAUCCGCAGCAGCAACAAGCGCAGCAGGAAGCUGCGGCAGCGGCAGCAGGAUUCCCCCUACCAGCUUCCGGCGGGUCAGGUUACCCCCGGCCCGGUCUGAUACCUAGCAGGGAAGGGCCGUUAGGGCUGCACCACCCGGAUCUCUUGGGCAGGCCUUAUGCAGAUCAAUUGGCUCACCAAGCUGCAGCCCAUGAACAGUUACAGAGGCAGAUGCUCCUAGAAAGAGAUCGCUUUCCACCUCACCCCUCCAUUGUCGCUCAACAUGAAGAGUACUUGAGGCAACAAAGAGAGCGAGAACUUAAAGUAAGAGCCUUAGAAGAAGCAGCUAGAGGUUCCAGACAAUAAGGAUGGUAUCUGAAUCAUCUAAAAAAACUGGAGAAUGACAAAAUCAAAUAUCUAACAAAAAUAUCAUGUACAAGUGUGUGCAAAAAAGCGUAUUUUGAAAAAAAUUCUAAUAGAGUAAUUUCACUUGAUAGUAAAUAGCGCUAAAGGAUAUACAAUUUUAAUUUUUUAAAAUAUUUUUUGCAUCCAUAGAACAUACUUUUUCAACAUUAUCGAUGUUGAUGAAAACGUGUAGGAAUAAAUUUAAUUUUGCACAUUUCCACAAAACUUGUACAUAUUGUAGUAAAUUGUGAUGUAUGCAAAUCGUGACGUAACUUAUUUUUUAAUGAAUUUCAAAAGAUUGUACAGUCUUCCUAUCAAACAUAGUUAUAUGAUUUCAAAUGUAUAUAUUCCUACCAGCAAAAUCUUGGGAUUUUGUGAAAGAAAAUGUGUACAGGUUUUCAUUUUUUAUAUUUUUAUCGACGACUUAUAUUUUAUACCCGUUCAUUUUUGAACCCACAUGAUUUCGCCAAAAUUACUGUCAAUCGCCUUUCUAAAUUCCUAACAAACAUUCAUAGAAUACAAACACCCAGAUCUAAAAAACUAUUGGUAUCAAUUAUCAAAACAAAAAUGGAAACAUUUGCCUUGCUCCGGGUGUCAACGAAUUUAUUAGACAAGUCAUAACUUCUAGACCAUUAGGUGUAUCAAAAUGAGAUUUGGUAUAGAUAAACGGUAUGUGAAGAGGAGAGUUUUCACAUAUUUUUCACUUUACGGUCACUUCCGGUUUCACCGGAAAUGGCUCCGGUACAAAUAAGAACAUAAAUUAAAUAUUACUGACGAAAAUACUUCAUAAUAAUUUAUUUACUUUCGUCAAGUAAUAUUUUGCAGUUAUUUCGAAAGUAAAUGAAUUAUUAUCCAUCGCACACUUGACAAAAGUAAAUAAAUUAUUAUGAAGUAUUUUCGUCAGUAAUAUUUAAUUUAUGUUCUUAUUUGUGAUUCAAUCGCAAAUCAAUUAGUAUCGUUAGAUUCGUCAAAAUAUCAUUUUUUCAGAAAGUGCCUGUCAAAAUAUGGUCGCCAUUUGAAAAAUAAUAGUUAGACACGAAAAUGUAAUUUUUCCAACUUGUCUUAUUCAUAUCUAUCAUACUUGUCACUAAAACUUCGCGAUUGUAAUUUUUUGAGGUCCUUAGAUUAGUUUACUUCAAAUCAUGGCCACCUAGAUGUAAUUCCAAAAGUGACUCCGAAAAAAUUGGGUAGGCAUAAACACUUCCGAAAAUGUCACAUUCUGAUCUAGAAUUGUCUCAGAAAUCCAAAAAUGUUACAAUAUACAGGGUGUUCCAUUUAAAAAUUUAGAACCGGAGCCAUUUCCGGUGAAACCGGAAGUGACCGGAAAGUGGAAAAUAUGUGAAAACUUUCCUCUUCACAUACCAUUUACCUAUACCAAACCUCAUUUUGAUACACCUAAUGGUCUAGAAGUUAUGACACCCGGUAUGUAUAACUGUUGAAAUACUUUUUAUUUUUAUACAAUAUUACUCAAUGAAUCAUAUUUUAAUAUCUACAAUUUGAAAUUCAGAUUAUUCUUGUUCAGGGUAUUUAUGAUUAUUGGGAAUGUUUUUAUGAAGGUGAUUACAACUUUUACUCCGCUUUUUUCGUUGUGAUGUACUUAUUUAUGUACCUAUUUAUAUUCUUUUGUACAUUUUUGUUUGUAUAUUUUAUUGAACUAAAUUUAAAUAAAUGUUUUUACCAAAGAAUCUUUUUAGUAUAAUUCUUUUAUACCAGGCGAUCUAAAUAGUUGGGAUUACUCAUUAUUCCUAUGUUUAGUCAGUGGUCUAAACGUUUUGAUUUACUAUUGAAGCAAAUGAAUAUUUUAUUCCAUAACAUUCACCUGCAAAAACUGAAUUUAUCAGUUUUGAGAUAAUCCUCUGCAAUUUAGGUUGUUUUGUAUAUAAAGUUGUUGAACAUUUCAUUAUAAAAGAUCACUUGAUUAUAAAAAUACUAACAAAAGCUUUUUAUAAUAGCGACCCUAAUGUCGAGUGUUUAAAUUUAUGUAUACAUCAUAAGAUAAUUUUAAAUAAAUAAUUUUUAA